GUGUUUGCUUAGCGGUUAGACGGAAAGCAUCUCGCAAUGGGCCUCUCCCUCUGGGUCGCGGCCUUCUGCGCCCUCGCGCAGGUGUACAACAAGCAAGUCAUCGCAGCGGAAGCCUUCCAGCCCUGCUCCUCCGAGGGCGAGAUGGCGCUCCAAGCUGGAGAGACCAUCUUCAUCACGUCUCCGAACUAUCCCGAGCCGUAUCCCAGCAAUUACCAGUGCGGCUGGUUUAUAAAGAGUGCAGACCCGAACGAUCAGCUGUAUUUGGAUUGCACUCACUUCAGACUCCAAGGGAAAUCGAAAAAUGGCUGCCUCGACUACUUGUCUGUUAAUGGCGAUGAGUACUGCGGCCGGCAGAAGCCUUCAGGGUCGGCCAGCGAGUUGAUUCUUGAGUUCAAGUCCAACAGGAGGAGGGAAAGGGACGGCUUCAACUGCACCAUCUCCACAUUCAGCGCCGCCCAAGGGACCGGAGGUCAAGAUUGCACCGAGAUGAUUGAGCCUGCUCUCGUGGGUCUCGGAGAAGCAGUCCCCUUUAGCUCCCCAAACUAUGCAGCUAACCCCAAUGUUUCCAGAUUCUGCUGGAAAUUUGAACAAGCUACAACCGGUAUGCAGCUUAGCCUCAGCUGCACGCACUUCCAGCUCCGAAGUCCAAACAAAAGGAACAGGUGCCGAGACGCUUUUAUUGUCAAGGGUCAUGGAAAGUACUGCGGCACAGAGGCCCCGAGCAUCACCACGGACAGCGGAAGCCUCUCGGUCAAAGUCGUGGCCAAACGGGCGGGUCGCGAACCGAGUUUCAGCUGCGUCGUCGCCGGCGAGUUGCUGUCAGGCACAGAGUCGCCCUUGCCCACGAUCUCGCUCUUCGUGUCCUCGCCCACGCCGCCGACGGAAGAGACGCCAGACUGCGGUCUGAAGUAUGAGACCGACACUCGCAUCGUGGGCGGAGUCACAGCCAACGCGAACGAAUACCCUUGGCAGGUGGGUCUCGUCCAGGCCGACUCGCCCUCCGAGGUCUUCUGUGGAGGCUCCGUCAUCGCCUCCCGCUGGGUCCUCACGGCGGCGCACUGUGCGGAGAGCAUCGAGGGUCGGGAGAGCCAACACCGGGUACUCGUCGGUGCCCACGACCUCCGCUCUGAUGCCCCCUCCCAGCAGCUCCUCGGCGUCAGGAAGACCAUCAUGCAUCCUGAUUACGACUACGAGACUGUAGAUAAUGACGUUGCACUAUUGCAAGUGGAGCCUAUAACCUUCAGCGCCAGGGUCGGGCCGGUGUGCUUGCCUGAGCCGAGUUCGAGUUACGAAGGGCGCUUGGCCACGGUGACAGGGUGGGGCGCGCUCAGUUCAGGCGGAGUAACAUCCAAUGUGCUGAUGGAAGUGCAGGUCCCGACGCUGACGGAGCGAGAAUGCAAAGAGUCUUAUAACGGUUACGUGACCCAAAAUAUGUUCUGCGCCGGUUUACCUGCAGGAGGCAAGGACUCGUGUCAGGGCGACUCCGGCGGCCCAAUGGUCACGCCCCGAGACGGCGACCCGCAGCGGUACGAGCAGAUUGGCGUCGUGUCCUGGGGCAUCGGGUGCGCCGAGCCUGGGAACCCUGGCGUUUACACGAACGUUGCAAAUUACAUUCAUUGGAUUCAGGCAAUGAUGCAGUUGCAUAAAUGUGUCAAUUAUUACUUAGAAGACAAUUAUGAUGAUCCCAGUUACAUAAGGAAUUUGGAGGUUGUGGAAGUUGUCCUGUACAAUACUGCGAUCAGUUUUAGGAAGGAUAAAAUAAGUUCCAGUAUUCGCCACAACACUACGCUUCGUGACGUCACGCGAGUCAAGGCCGCCCAUACGCCACAGAACGAGAGGAGAGGCCGCCCCAGUGUCUCCACGUUGAUGUUGGAGGAAACAUCUCAGCAUGAAGGUCCCUCUCAGUUUCCUGGUGGCGUCGCUGUUGGCGGUGAGUGGGCGGUGCUCUCCCAGGUGGCUGCCAUAUGUGCCGUGAAGAAUGCACUGGCGGUUUCUGCCGUCCCAGAGUGCAUCAAGCCGCCGCAAGAGGUCGUGGUCCCCGUCGACGGAUCGGUCCUCCUCCAGUCGCCCGCCUUCCCCGAGGCCUACCCGUCGCGCUCCAACUGCGGCUGGAAUGUGCGGAGUGAGGAGCCGGGCCAGCAUGUGAGGAUCGAGUGCCCUUCCUUCAAGCUGACCAACAGGAACAGGAACGGUCGCUGCCUCGACUUCCUGCAGGUCAACGAAAAAAGGUUCUGCGGCGAGAGAGGCCCUGAUCUCGUGGCCUCCUUACUCGACGUCGACUUCCGGUCCGACCGUCGCCGCAACAGCAGAGGCUUCAAUUGUUCGGUCACGACGGCUCAGGCCCCCAGCAGAAGCGAAAGCCCCAGCUGUUCCCAGCCGCCCCAGAGCAUCCCCGUGGGCCCUGGCGACGUCGUGGUCUUCACUUCGCCAAAUUACCCUAAUGAUUAUCCGAACAGAAGGUGUGGAUGGCGGUUUACGCCUGCAGCAAGCAACACGCAGCUUACCCUUGCUUGCAAUGACUUCAAAAUGCAGAAUCGCGUCAGGAAGAACAGAUGUCAAGACUUCCUCAACGUGAAAGCCAAGGGGAAAUUCUGUGGUAGAGAGUCUCCGGAAGUCACAGUGACAAAUAAAGAGCUUCUGCUUGAGUUUAAAGCCAACAAGAGGAACAAUCUGUCUGGGUUCAACUGCAGCGUCUCAGGGCAAUCGGCUCCCUCGUCCACAGCGGCGCCUCUCAUUUCUACGCCAAAGCCGGUAACAAGCGACCCUGAGUGUGGGGUGAAGUACGAAGGCACAGAGAAGUCGGGAACAGGCGAGAUGAAGAUCGUCGGCGGCGUGACCACGGGAGAGAACGAGUAUCCUUGGCAAGCUGGCCUCGUGUUCGCCGGUUCAUCUUCGGUCUUCUGCGGCGGUUCGAUCCUCAAGAGAACCUGGGUGCUCACGGCGGCGCACUGUGCUGAAAAUAUAGCAGGACGCGAGAAUAACUACGAAGUCCUAAUAGGAGCUCAUAACCUGAGGGUGUCCGCCAAUUCCGAAACACGACACGCCAUCAAGAGAACGAUCAUCCAUCCGGACUACGAAGAUGAAACUGUCGACAACGACAUCGCCCUUCUGGAGGUGGAGCCAAUCGAGUUCGACCGGAGGGUGAUGCCCGUGUGCCUGCCUGCCCAGACGGACGAUUACGACGAGGUCUUGGCCACGGUGACCGGGUGGGGGACGCUCAGCGCUGGCGGCGAGCCCUCUGACUGGCUGAUGGAGGUGACGCUGCCGACCAUGAGCAACGGCGAGUGCAUGGCGACCUACUCUGACCUCAUCACCAAGAACAUGAUCUGCGCCGGACUGGAAGUCGGCGGCAAGGAUUCCUGUCAGGGCGACUCCGGCGGGCCGAUGGUGACAGUGCGCGCCGACAACCGCGCGCAGUUCGAGCAGAUCGGCAUCGUGUCCUGGGGCGCAGGCUGCGCGGAGCCGGGGAAGCCAGGAGUCUACACGCGUAUCACGGAAUACUUGACCUGGAUUGAGAGCACGAUGGCCUCCAAGUAACACUGCUGAGCCACACUGAAGAUUUGGCUUCGGCUGCAAGAGGACCAACAUUUUUUUAUCCUUUUUACCUUUGUCAGAUUUGCAAAUGACAUGUAUCCGUGCUGAUUAUCCUAGUGUUUUUUUCACUAGCAUAUAAACAAACGCACACACAUGUGUGUAUAUAUAUAUGUGUGUGUGUGUGUGUGUGUGUGUGUGUGUGUGUGUGUUUGUGUUUGUGUGUUUGUGUGCUUGUGUGUGUGUGUGUGUGUGUGUGUUUGUGUGUGUGUGUGUGUGUGUGUGCGUGUGUGUGUGCGUGUGUGCGCGCGCGCAUGUAUUUAUAGAAGUCCCCUUUAUAAGGUAAAACAAAUAUCUAAUAAUGAUCUUGUGUAACAAUUAAGUAUGGUAUAUGACAAUACACAUUUAACCAAA